AUGGACAAAUCCACUCAAGGACUGGUUCAGUGGAUCAAAGAUCUCUAUGCCUCUGGUGCUAAGCUGUGGACCAAGGAGAUGCUAUCCGACAUCGAAGCUGAACUAGCACAAAACCCGGUUCCAAAAACAAUUUCUAUACGAAGCAGUGCGUAUUCUGCAUGGUCGCAUAGCGAUCUAGACUUGGCUUUAGGGUUGACCUUCAGGAAUAAGUAAAUGGAAAGAGUAUCGGACAACUUGUGCCUUCCCCGCCACCGAUCAAAAACUCCGGUGGUGAUGAAAUUCCGUCAGUUCCAAAUUGAUAUCCUCACUCGGUGAUGUUUUACUUACCUGAGAUAACAACAGUUCGCUCGCAGUUAGAUUUGGAUUGUACCAAAGUAUCAUCGAAAGAGCAGAGCAAAGUAUGUUGGAGUCUAAUAGGGACCAUUAUUCCCGUUUUACUCAGGAUGAGAUCCAAACACUCGCCACUCGAGGUGUUAAGAUAUGUUUUUCAACGUUUUCAAAGUCAAAUGCCGAGUACUCCAAGGUGCAGCAAUCCUGGGUCCAAGCUCAACAGAAUUGGCUCAACAGUAGCCUUUGUAAGGAACUAUCUGAAAUUAUUGGAAGCACUGUUGAUAAAUCAAGAGCAGUCACAAAAAUUGUCUGCUUCGGGCUGGGAAGUCUGGCCAGAUCUAUUGAAGAUCCCAUUCACAUAGCGGAUGACGGUCUACCGGUUCAUGGCCCGGGAACGCAACAUGCUGCGGCACUCACGUUGUCAACAAUUCUAGGCGAACGGCUGGGCAGAGGGCCAAUACCUGUUAUGGUUCGGGAUCCAGCAUACAGCGAGGCUGACAAGAGAAUAUUGGAGAAAGUCGGUAUCGAAGUGAUAGGUGGCUUCGGAUCUCUCGGAUUCACGUAUGUUGAUGAAGAGACAAUCGUGUUCAGCUGUCAUCCCAAUAUACCAGUGAGGCAGAUUACGGCUGACAUCGCAAAGCCAGCGGCCAUGAUAUGGAAUAAAGGUCGAUUUUCUGAAGAGAAAGCUGAAUACAAAGUCUUUACGAGGCAAGGGAAAGAGGUACUAUCUACGUGAGUCUCUAUUCCAUCACCAUAUACCAAGCACAUGUAUAUACGAAACCAGCAGAAUUCUCAACCCAAAUUAGGCCAUAUUUUACCGACCAUGACUCGCCUCGCACAGCGAAACUACUCCAGGACUAUGACGAAUUUGAGUUUCCCAAUUGUCACUCUCGCUUUGGUGAUCUGGCCAUCUACGUGAGGAAGAGGUGA